AUGCUUCCAAAUAUCCAACAACUUCAUCUCAACACACUCAAUCUUCCUCAACCACCCCAUUUUCUGUUCCAUCCGAAUCUUCGAGUUCUCCGGAUGAGUCGAUGUGGAAUGCAUGAAAUUCCAGCAAGUACAUUUCUUCCAUUACCUGGAUUAGAGGUUAUCGACUUAUCAAACAAUCAUUUGGAAACUCUCCCGCCUACCGUACUCCGCAGUCUCAAAUUCCUCCGAGUACUCAUUUUAACCAACAAUCGAAUUUCGAACUUGGAUCAAUUAGCAUGGAUUUUAUCUCCUGGAGUAGUACUUGAACAACUAGAUUUAUCAGGAAAUCCAAUUGCAAUCGCUACAUCAAUGACAGUCUUCCCUCCAGUUCGACAACUUUUCCUGUCUGAUACAAGGAUGGAAAGUGUGAAUGAAACGACAAUUAUGUUCAAAAAACUUCCGGGGAAGUGUGAAAAAGAUGUAUGUCGUCACAUACCAAUUCAUAAUUUGAACGUUUCAAUUAUCACAACAGUCGAUUUUUCUACGAAUCGAGAUCUGGAAAUCGAUUCUGGAGCAUUGACUGUUUUCUCAAAUGCAACUUAUGUUGAUUUGAGUAAUACAAGAUUACCAAUUGGAUUCGAAGAAUGGUUGGAGAGAAAGAGUCGAGUCAAAAGUUUGAAUAUCAGUCAUUGUCAGCUUCCUCUCCACGAAGACACAUGGACAGCUUGUGGUCAAUUCUUGCAUUCACUGGAUAUUUCAGGAAUCGGAGCAAAACGGUUAAGAUUCUCAAGAUUCUGUCCCAUCAGAACUGUAUUCGCCCGAGAUAAUCUACUUUCAAGCGUUUACAUUGAUGCAGUUUCGAUUGAAUCUCUUCAUUUGGAACGAAAUAUGUUCAGUGAUUUCCCGAUUCCACCACUUGGAGUUGAACUAACAGAACUUCAUACUCUGAGUUUAUCACAUAAUCUGAUGACUUCUCUACCACCUCACGCACUCCAAUCUUAUCCGAAUCUACAACAUUUUGAUAUUUCGAAUAAUCAAUUGAGCGAGAUUGAUCCACAAGCAUUUCCAUCAAUUGGUCUUGGAUUGAUAUCUCUUGAUUUAAGUUCAAAUCAAUUAUCAUCUCUUCCUCAUCCAAUUCUUCCAUCUCUUCUACUUUUGGAUCUCUCUUCCAAUACAAUUUCACAUCUGGAUCCCCAUUUUUUCACUGGUCUCCCAAUGCUUCAACAACUUCGAAUCGCUUCAAAUCCCACUCUUUUCUCCAGAUGUCCGAAUCGAGAAUCAUCGUGUUGGAGUGAUCAUUUAGAUGAAUUGACCUCUCUUGUUGAUUUGGAUAUUUCUAAUUCUGGACUCGAGUUUUCACUGCAUUUGAGACAUUUGAGAACAUUGAAAUCUCUCCUUUUACGAGGAAACGAAAUUCGAGUUAUCGAUGCGAAAUCACUUCCAGAGAACUUGAGAACUUUGGAUCUAGGAGAAAAUCGAGUUCAGUUUACUUCGAAUUUCUCAAAACUGGAGCAUUUGAGAGACUUGCGAGUAGAUCAAAAUCCACUUCGAUGCGACUGUUCUCUUUAUGAUAUUGUUCCUCAUCUUCUGAAUCAAACUCAAAUAUCUGAUCCUCUUCUUUACUAUUGUUUCUCUGGAUCAUGGCAAUAUCCUCUUCUCCCCUAUUUGGCUUCAGUCAAACCAUGUGUCGACACAACUCGUAAUUUUUAUUCUAUUCUUAUCACCACUUUUGUCAUUGCAUUUGCCAUCGUGGCAGCUCUAAUUGGCGGUUUUCUCGUUUAUAGAAAGUAUGCGGAACGAGCGAAUUUCGUAUACAAAAGGAUUUCACUUGUCGAAUCGCCAGUUAGAUUAUAG